UCCCUGCUUUGUAAGCUGUAAGCCAAAAAUGUCUUCCUCUAGUCCCAUAUCUCAAAAAAGGCGUUCCAUCGCUAAUUUUAGUCCCAAUAGUUGGGAUUAUCAUUUGUUUGCCAUUACCCCUGCUCCUGUCCUGAAUGGAGAGUUGGAUAUCGAACAACGACUACAACAUUUGAAGAACCAAGUUCGAAAGUUGAUACUCACUCAAGUUGAGGAUCUUACUGAAAAAUUGAACUUCAUUGACAAUAUUAAACGCUUAGGGGUAUCGUAUCAUUUUGAAAAUGAGAUUGGGGAGAUAAUGGAGAAUAUGAGUGAGAAUCAUCCUCCUUUUGAGGGCAAAGAUCUUCACACUACUUCCCUCUGGUUUCGCUUGCUUAGGCAAGAAGGUUAUCAUGUGCCAUCUGUGAGACUACAUAUAUAUAUUUAUGCAGAUGUAUUUGAUCAAUUCAAAGAUGAAAAUGGUGAUUUUAAGAAGUCAAUGAUUGAAGAUGUGGUUGGAAUGUUGAGCUUAUAUGAGGCUGCACAUUUUGCCAUUCAUGGAGAAGAUUUUCUUGACAAAGCUUUACACUAUUCUACUUAUAACUUGAAGUCAAGACUAAGCAACUUGAGCCCUACCCUUGAACGGAAAGUAAUCCAUGCAUUGAACUACCCUAUUCGAAGAGGCAUGCCUAGAUUCGAGUCCAGAUAUUACAUUCCUAUGUAUUCAUCAGAGGCUUCUCCAAAUGAUCCUCUAUUAGAAUUAGCCAUCAUUGACUUUAAUGUUGUACAAGCAUUGCACAAGAAGGAGCUAAACCAAAUCAUUGAGUGGUGGAAAAAGUUAGACUUCCUGACGAAUGUGCCAUAUGCUAGGGACCGAGUUGUUGAAGGCUACUUUUGGGUAUUGGGUGUAUAUUUUGAGCCUCAGUUCAUGCUUGGAAGGACAAUUAUGACCAAAUUAGGCACCUUAAUGGCAGUGGUUGAUGAUACAUAUGAUGCAUAUGGCACAAUUGAAGAACUUGAACUAUUUACACAAGCAAUCGGCAGAUGGGAUGCUAGUUCUCUAAAGCCCCUUCCACAAUGCAUGAAAGUCGUAUUACAGGCUGUAUUUGAUCUAUUUAAUGUGAUGGAGUUAUUGACUAUUGAAGCUGGAAAAUCAUGCUUUGUUCCAUAUGUUAAACGAGCAUUUCAACAAUUCUGUGAAGCUAAUCUAGUUGAAUCCAAAUGGCACCACCAUGGUUACAUCCCAACAUAUGAAGAGUACAUUGAAAAUGGAAUUGUGACAUGUGGUUGUCCUUUGCUCUUGACGACUUGCUUACUUGGCCUUGAGAAUUCGGUAAACAGAGAUGCAUUUGAUUGGAUUUCUCAAGUACCCAAAAUGGUCAGAGCAUCAUCAAUUAUCUUCAGAGUGGUAAAUGACAUGGGCUCUCACAAGUUUGAGAAAACAAGAUUACAUAUUGCCUCUACAGUAAAAUGUUUGAUGAAUCAACAUGGGAUUUUAGAGCUAGAGGCCUAUAAACUGUUGCAAGAGGAAUUAGAAGAUGCAUGGAAAGAUAUUAAUGAAGAAUACUUGAAGGCAAAAUUUAUUCCAAAGGUUGUGCUUCAAUGUGUUGUGAAUUUCACAAAUAUUGUAGAGCUGCUAUAUGAAAACUUUUCAGAUAAAUAUACCCAUGGAGAACUAUUAAAAGAUCAUAUCAGAGCACUAGUCAUCGAUCCUAUUGGCAAUUAACAACACAAGUUAAUGCUUCAGACAUAUGCAAUGGCUUUCAAAUACUAAAGUCUAUGUGAUGGAUUGACAAGUGGAAAA